AUGUCUAGAGCGGAUGACCAUUACGCCGGUGAAGAGCAUGGUAGUGUGGAGACGCAACGUGUGGAAGAUGAGGCACUUCCGAACGACCUCCACCGAGACUUCAAGCGUCGACAAGUCUACAUGUUCUCUUUGGCAUGUGCAAUCGGGACGGGGCUCAUCAUCGGUUCGGGUACCGGAUUGGCGAGAGGAGGCCCCGGGUUUCUACUCAUCAGCUAUAUCCUAAUCGGUGUCACCGUUUUCUUUGUUAUGACGGCAUUGGGUGAGAUGGCCACGUUCUUGCCUAUGAAGAAGGGAUUCGGGGGAUAUGCUACCCGCAUGGUCGAUCCUGCCUUUGGGUGA